GCGGCUGAACUGAGUAGUUGCAUAAUUUUAAACUUUUUUAAUUUUCAGGUUGGAACAUACAGCGCCCUGAACUCACAGGGUGCUCUUGUUGAAGCGAAAACGUCUCCGGAAACUCAAAAAGAAUUGGCUGCUUUAAUUCAGAUUCCUGUUGUCGCAGGAACUGUUAAUCGCGGCUCAAAUUUGAUCGGCGCUGGUCUGUUUGUAAAUGACUGGAUAGCAUUCACCGGUCUGGAGACGACCAGCACCGAAUUAUCGGUGAUUGAAGCGGUCUUCAAACUCGAUGAUCGUGAAACAUCCUCUAUUAGGACUGAUAUGCGUGAUUCAUUGAUUGAUAAUAUCAUGUAA